AUGUUUCGUUCGGGUUCUUUUGUCAUUGCUGUCGCCGGCUCUGCUUUGUUUGCUAUUGGGGUCCGUGGAAAGGACAAUGGUUUGGCUAUUACACCUCAAAUGGGAUGGGACAAUUGGAAUGCCUUGGGCUGUGACGUCUCAGAAGAUCUUCUCGUCCAAACGGCAAACCUGAUUGUAGAUUACGGCCUUCGAGAUCUGGGAUAUCAUUAUGUUAUCCUUGACGACUGUUGGAGCAGUGGUCGAAAUGCUAGUAGUAAUAACUCUCUGAUCCCAGAUACGACCAAAUUUCCCAGGGGAAUGGCAGCAGUGGCCGAUGACAUCCAUGCUCUGAAUCUCGGGUUUGGCAUGUAUUCUGAUGCCGGUCGCUACACUUGUGGCAUGUAUGAGGGCAGUCUGGGUCAUGAGACAGUAGACGCGAAUUCUUUCGCUGAGUGGGGAGUUGACUAUCUCAAAUACGACAAUUGCUAUAACGAAGGAUAUGCGGGAAACCAACUUAUUUCCUCAACCAGGUACCGAACCAUGGGUGACGCUCUCAAUGCCACUGGUCGCCCUAUUCUUUAUUCUCUAUGUAACUGGGGAGAGGACUACCCUUGGAAUUGGGGGUCGACUGUAGCCAACAGCUGGAGAAUCUCGGGGGAUAUCUUUGACGAUUGGGAUGCCUACGAUGCUCGAUGUCCUUGCGAGGGUCCAGAUGCCUGGAAUUGCGAGCUCCCAGGAUUUCACUGCUCAGUCACCAAUAUUUUCAACAAGGUGGCGUUCAUUGUUUCGAAAGCUCAACCAGGUGCCUGGAAUGACCUUGAUAUGCUGGAAGUUGGCAAUGGGGCCAUGACCGAUCCGGAAUAUGUCGCCCAUUUCUCAAUGUGGUCUGCGGUCAAAUCCCCUUUAAUUAUGGGCAACGACCUCCGCGAUAUCGCACCACAGGAUCUUUCUAUCCUCUCAAACGCCGCUGUCAUCGCGGUUAACCAAGAUCCACUUGGUCAAAGUGCCGCCAGGAGAUGGUUGUGUCAUGGCAAUGGGACAAACGGCGAGAGUGGUGGCUCUGGAAUCCAACUGUGGUCUGGUAACCUCAAAGGAACAGUCCAUGAGGAUUACAACGACUAUGUUGUUCUGCUCGUCAAUGGUAACAACAACGCAACUGUGAUGAACGCCACACUGGAGGACAUUUUCGUCGACAGCGGGCCGAGGGGUCAUGCUCCUCAAGUUGAUAUGUCUUGGGAAGUUCGAGAUUUAUGGGCUGGUCGCAUGUCGAAUGAGACGGCGCAGGCGAUCAUUGAUGCUUCCGCAGUUGCGAGCAACACCACCAAUGGCUACAAUGCGACGACAAUUACCAGUGGUGGUAAUGCUACUGCCAUCUUCGAUAACCGCUACAAUGCAACCGCAAUGUCCUAUGCCGACGGCCUCGCUGCCAACAAUUCGAUCCUCCUCGGCAGUGUUACCACAACCGUCCAGCCGUCAGGCACGCUCACAGCUAAUGUUGAUCGUCAUGGUGCCGCGAUGUUCAGGCUUAGAGCCAUUCCUACUGCUGUAAGAAAGCGAGAUGAGCUGUGA